AUGGCAAAAGUUAUGGAAGGCUUUACUUGCACUAGACUAUUAAAGGACUUGGAAGGAGAAAUCGACCCUCGCCAAUAUGCCCGCAAAGGGCACUCAACAACAGAUGCCCUUCUCUACAUGAUGCAAACAAUUCAUGAGGCAUUGGGCGUGGGCGAAGCUGGUGCUCGUAUCUUCUUCGCAGACUUCUCAAAAG